AUGGCCAAAAAAAAUGCCAAGAAGGAAGCGACAGGCAGGAACUGGCAACGAGAUGCUGAAGAGGAGGGAACAUUCUCACUGGCCAGUGAGGACGUCCUGAGGAAUAGAACCAUAAAGAGAGCCAAGCGGAGACAUGCCCGGCCCCAGCCCGAUGGUAAAGGGACUUCCAAAGGGAUCAAAAGUUUGGCUGUGCCUUCCGGAAGAGGAGAAUUUGGCGGUGGCCCUGGAGAGAAGCCUCUCGAAGUAUUGGCAACCAGAAGGAACACAAGGUCUGCAGCAGAGUCCAAGGCAGCCUUGGGUUCUGUUACUGCAAGUGAACCCCCUUCUUCGGAGCAUGAGCAGAUCUCAGAUCCCCAGACUAAUGUCCACAGUCAGCAGCCUAUCUCCCCGGGCCUUGCUUUCAGUCAAGCCUGCGCUGGGAGUGUCUACCACAGACAGUUGACUGGCCUGAACUGCUCUGUCCGGGACUGGAUAGUGAAGCAUGUGAACGUAAAUCCGUUCUGUGAUCUGACGCCUGUGUUUAAGCAGUAUGAGAAAUACUUGGCCGCCAUUGAAAAGCAGCUCCAUAGCAGCUGUGGCUGUCUUUCUGAAAGUGAGCCCAACAGGGGCUUGGUUGGGACACAGUCUCCUUCCCUCGUUGUUGCCACUGAACCACAGCCAGAAUUGAUCAAAUCUGAAAAGACGGAGUUUAUGUGUGAGAAGAAAGCUGACCCAGCACAAGGAGCAACGAGUAUCCCCUGUAACUUUGGCAAAAACAUUGAAACCCCAGUUUGGGGUUCCUUACACUCUGGUCCCAUGCAUGGAGUUUCAUCACCCACCAGAAGCUCCAACUUAAGUGGGAAAGGUACCACCCAGAAGAAGCCAGCGUCUGCAAAAGCUCUGGAGAGUCCAGCACAAGGCAGCAGUGAUGAAGGCAGAGGGAGUAGGGAUGAGCCACCCAGAGCACUCUUUGUUGAGGAGAAGGAGGAGAGUGCGUUCUACUGCAAGAAGUGUAAACUAUUUUACAAGAAAGACAACGAAUUUAAAGAAAAAGGUGUUGGCACGCUAUAUUUAAAAUCCACAGCCAAUCAGAAGACGCGGCUCUUAGUGCAGGAUAUUAAGUUGGGCAGCAUACUCCUGAACAUUCUGAUCCCCCCUGAUAUGCCAUGUACCCGGAUGGGUAAAAAUAAUGUCCUUAUCGUCUGUGUACCAAAUCCACCGCUUGAUAAGAAGAACGCCACCAUCAAAGUCACCAUGCUAAUUCGGGUAAAAACAAGUAAGGAUGCCGACGAACUGCACAAAAUUUUAUUGCAGAAAACGGAUGUCUGAACACACAAAAUCCACCCGGGACCUUGCCAAGUUCCUGCUUUUUUUUUGCUCUGCCCCCAAAUUUAAUUUUUCUUCUUUUUGCUCAGGACACCCUAAGAACUUCCAUGACAAAAAUUCUGUGAGCACCACAAGACCAACAAAAACUUCAGUGUUCAGUUGAGUGUGGAGAAAGGGGCCUCCCUUUUAAGAGCUACCUAACAUGCAAAAUACAUUUGAAUAAAAAGGUUUUGA